CGUGGCCAAUAUGAAGUCCCUGCUUGUUGUGUGCACCUUGGUGGUGAUGGCUGGAGCGCUGCCGGCACUGCUUGAUGAGGUCCCCAAAGAUGGAGAAGUCGCGGAUGAUUUGAACCACUUUGAUGCCCGCAACCUCACCGACGACGAGCAGCUGGCUUUGGAUCGCGAACUUAUGGAGUCUACACGCCGCCUCCUAGAGAACCCAGACCUGUACCAAGGCGACAUUCUGCUCACGGAGGAGCAGAAAAGAGCUCUUGAGGAGCGCAAAGUCAUCGCCAACAGCGCCCUUUGGUGGCCAGCUGCUGCAGACGGCUACGUCUAUGUCAACUAUCGCUUCGCCACACCCACUAUCGCCAAGACGUUGGUGCUGCAAGCAAUCAACACGUGGCAGGCCGAAACAUGCGUCAGGUUCACCGAUAUUCAAAGUGCGAACGGCAAACCUCAUCUCGUCUUCCAGAACGACAACUCGGGCUGUAACAGCUUCGUCGGUAGACAAUCUAAUAUGAAUGGACAACCAGUAAAUCUUGCGCCAGGUUGUUUGACUGAGGUUAAUACUCCUAUUCAUGAAAUUGGUCAUGCUUUGGGUUUCGAACAUGAGCACAACCGCUCCGACCGAGACAACUUCGUUUACGUAGUGCUAGCCAACGUUCAGCCAGGCUUGGGUUACGCUUUCGACAAGGCAGUAACGAACAACUUCAACAUCCCGUAUGACUAUUCAUCGGUGAUGCAAUAUUAUUCAACGGCUUUUUCCGUGAACAACAAAGAAACAAUGGUUGCAAAGGAACCGUUUGGGCAACUUUUCUUGAAUUUGAAUACACUCAACAACUUUUCAUUCAUGGACAAGAGGAUUGCUAACCUCCAGUACAAAUGCAUUGCCUUAAACCUGAAGAAGUGCGGUGUGGCCGCUGAUCCCUGCAAGAACUACGGCUACUUCGGAACCUCUUGCAAGUGCGUGUGUCCGCCUGGAACUUCUGGAACCAGCUGUGAAACUUUGAAUCAACCAUACCUCCAAGCCUUGGUUGCGGCGAAAUAUCCACGCAGUAAAACAAUAGUAGCUGAGGGACGAGUCACUUCGACGGGCUAUCCAUCACCCAUCGCCGCAAAGGAUGAGUACAUCCAGCUGAUAAAGGCACCGGCGUGCAAAAAAGUUCGACUGACUUUUACAGCCUUCAAAUUGACCCAACGCGCGACCGAUAAAACCUGCUAUCCCCAACAGUUAACCAUACGAAAAAAUAACAAUCUCGUCAUCGCAUCAUCAUACUGUGCCAGUGAAAUCGCCCCCGGUCAAGUGAUCGAAAGCGAGGGAACCACAAUGGUUUUGCACUUCAAAUCCUUUACAACUGCACCAUCUCCAGGCUACUCCGCCACUAUCACCUUCGUGCCCCAAGCAUCUUGCACUGGCCGCUAGUAAAUUCAUGUGAAUGCAUCGGCAUGCCGUAUAACAUUGGGCUCUGAUGACAUCUUACAUAGGGAGGCGUGCACUGCCUGUUGUAUGCCAUCAAAAAUAAUUCACUCAACAAGCAAAAACUUGU